AUGGCGGCGGCGGUUGCAUCUGGAAUUGCCCCGACGACAGCGAUGGUUGAUCAAGUCCCUAAUCAACCAGCGGCUCCGGUCGCCUCUCCUCACCCGACUCAGGUAGCUGCGGUGGCGGCUGCGGCGGUGGAGGCGUUACAAACGCACCCUAACUCCUCCCUCUACGUUGGAGAUUUAGACCAAAGUGUCAACGAGGCACAUCUGUUGGAUCUCUUCAACCAAGUGGCCCCUGUCCAAACAGUUAGGGUUUGUCGUGAUUUGACUCGUCGUUCACUUGGAUACGCUUACGUCAACUUCGCUAAUCCCGAUGAUGCCAUGCGAGCAAUGGAUGUUCUCAACUACACUCCCAUCAGAGACAGGCCAAUAAGGAUCAUGCGUUCGAACCGUGACCCGAGCACAAGACUUAGCGGAAAAGGCAACGUUUUCAUCAAGAACCUGGACGCAACCAUUGACAACAAAGCCCUGUACGACACUUUCUCGAGUUUCGGGACCAUUCUCUCAUGCAAGGUAGCCAUGGACGUGACGGGAAAGUCUAGAGGUUACGGUUUUGUUCAGUACGAGAAGGAAGAAACCGCUCAGGCCGCUAUUGACAAGCUCAACGGCAUGCUGCUCAACGACAAGCAAGUCUAUGUGGGACCCUUUGUCCGACGUCAGGACAGGACUCGUGAGAGCGGUACUGUCCCGCGUUUCACUAAUGUCUACGUGAAGAAUUUGCCUAAGGAGAUUACUGAUGAUGAGCUGAAGAAGACGUUUAGGAAGUAUGGAGAGAUCUCUAGUGCUGUUGUUGUGAAAGAUGAGAGUGGGAACUCGAGAUGUUUCGGGUUUGUUAACUUUGAGAGCCCUGAGGCUGCUGCUGUGGCCGUUGAGAAGAUGAACGGGAUCAGUCUUGGUGAGGAUGUGUUGUACGUUGGGAGAGCGCAGAAGAAGUCUGAGAGGGAAGAGGAGCUGAGGAGGAAGCAUGAGGAAGAGAGGUUGAGUAGGUAUGAGAAAGGAACGAAUCUGUAUGUGAAGAAUCUUGAUGAUAUUGUUGUGAAUGAUGAGAAGCUUAAGGAGAUGUUUGCUGAGUAUGGUGAAGUGACCUCGAGCAAGGUUAUGACGAACGCAGAAGGUUUGAGCAGAGGGUUUGGUUUUGUUUCUUACUCCAAACCUGAAGAAGCUGUAAGAGCUAUGAAUGAAAUGAAUGGGAAGAUGAUAGGAAGGAAGCCUCUUUACAUUGCUAUUGCUCAACGUAAGGAAGAGAGGAGGACUCGUCUUCAGACUAUGUUUUCUCAGAUGAGACCAAAUGCACCAAUGGGUGGGUUCCCUCAUCACCCAACAGGAGGGCCACACCAUCAAAUGUACAUAGGCCAGAACGGACAAGGUAUGGUGCCUUCACAGCCUAUGGGGUAUGGCUACCAACUUCAGUUCAUGCCUGGUGUGCGUCCGGGUGCUGGCCCGGCUAACUACAUGAUGCCUUACUCUGUUCAGAGGCCAAACCAAUCCGGUCCUCGUGUUGGGUUCAGGCGUGGUGCUCCUUACAUGCAGCAGCACUUCCAGCAACAACAACAACACAUGAUGCAGCACAAUGGAAGAUACAUGGGAGGUGUGGGUAAUAUGGUGAACCGUGUGGAAGCAUCUUCUCCACAAGGCAUCAUACCAUUGGAUGCAUCUGCUGUCUCUCACAAUGCUUCUCAAAACCAGCAGAGGCCAGCUCUCCUCCCCAUUUCUAAGUUAACUUCUGCCUUGGCUUUGGCUAGUCCUGCCAAUCACUCACAGAUUCUUGGGGAGCAGCUCUACCCACUUGUGGAGAAGCAUGAGCCAGUUCAUGUGGCUAAAGUUACAGGGAUGCUGCUAGAGAUGGAUCAAGCUGAGAUCCUGCACCUUCUUGAGUCACCUGAAGCACUUAAGGCCAAAGUGUCUAUGGCUUUGGAUGUCCUCAGGCUCUCUGCUAAUCCGUCAGCUGUUUCUUCCGUUGAUGAUCAGUUUGCUCCCUCCUCAACGGAGUGA